CGCCACUUUUCAUCACCACCGGGACAGUAAUCAGCAAUCGAUUGGCUUUGUUACACCUCAAUUCCGCAUCAGACAAUUGAUCGUUAUUCUGGAUUUUGGUUCUAUCAUUGAUCAUUAAUCCCUGGCCCGUCCAAUUUUUCAUUCGCAUACUGAAAUACCUGGAAGCACCGGCAUUCCUCGGCAAAAGGAAAUCUAAUAUAGCUAUCCGUGCAUUUAUCAACGGCUUCUAUACAGGUUCUGGACAUGUCUACGGAUCAAGGGAGCCAGACUCCCGGUAACGGCCGAACAUGGCGCAAUUAUUUCCCACAAGGUGAUCUCUGGGUAUUUGGCUACGGGAGUUUGAUAUGGAAGCCACCACCACAUUACGAUCAACGAGUACCAGGCUACAUCGAAGGAUAUGUGCGGCGGUUCUGGCAGGCUAGCACCGACCAUCGAGGAACCCCAGAGAAACCCGGCCGCGUGGUAACAGUCAUUGAACGGAGAUUUUGGGAGACUUUAGAUGACCCACUGGCACACCUAGAAUCUUCUUCCAACGACCGAGUAUGGGGAGCGGCAUACCAUAUUCCCGCUUCCCAUGCAGAGGAAGUCCAUGACUACCUAGACGCCCGAGAGAUUGAUGGAUAUAGCGUCCACUACACCCCGUUUCAUCCUGUGUCUACCUCUGGGGGGUUGCCUGAAGGCUCGGAACCGGCCGCCGUGUCUUCUUCAAUUACCUGCAUGGUGUACAUUGGCCAGCCCACAAACCCCCAGUUCCUGCGCGACCCGACUCGCCGGGAGCCACAGGACGUCGCAGAGGUCAUCAGCCGCGGUCGGGGCCAGAGCGGAAAGAACACAGAGUACCUUUACCUCUUGGAGAAGGCUCUUGAAGGGCUAGGGCUCGGAACUGCCGAUUUCCAUGUCACUGAUUUGGUUGAACGGGUGAAAGCGAUCGAGGAGGAAAGCGAAGCAACAAUGGAAGAGGAGAAGGCCGAAAGAGACAUCCGAGAGUCCUUUAAGUGCGACUUCUGACGAUGCUUCCCACGUACGGAAUAAGCUAGAGCGCGAUUCGCUGCUGCGGCAUCGUGAAGCAAGCUUAUGGCUGAGAUAGAUAGAGACAUCCAACUAGACUAUAUAUACAUACCCUUCGGGACUUUCUCGACGGAAAUUGCUUGAUUCAUUUCACUCCUGGCAGGCAGAUACUCAAGACUAAUCUGAAUACACCUUAUAUGGAAU